AUACCAAGUACGCACAGAGAUACUGCAGCCCUUGAUCGAUAGCCAUUUGGACUGGCAGAAGAAAGCAGUUCAAGCAUCAUCAGAAGCAGACCUUCACAUAUACUUUGGUGGUCCACGUUCACCGUUUUUUCUUCCCCUUCUUGGUGUACCUGGUCGCAACGGUCCUUCAUUAUCAACAAACGCACGCAUCCACGUUUAUAGACCAUUCUUGCAGAAAUUGUCAUCGGACGAGGUUAAGAGAUUAGAAGAAGAGCUGUAUAAACCAUAUGCGAACGUUAUUAUUCGCACGGCUACAGCGGGCGUCGAAAUGGAAGAAUAUGAUAGAGCCGUGCAACUUUGUAUGUUUGAUAUUCGAAGGCUUUGGAUUGUUUUCACAAUGCUUCUUGAUCUUUACAACAACUCGUCUGAAAAUCUCAGACUCCAAGGUGCUUACGAACAUACAUCAGUCGCUAUGCUGAUUGAACGUGGAACCACGAUUAGUAUUGAAUCUGAAUUCAGAGAAACUGAAUACGUUCAAAUCGUUGACAGAUAUC